AUGCCUGAGCACGAGGCCACUCCUGGCCCUAAGUUUCAGGAGGUGGCUUGCAGGGACCUGUCAGAGGUAGCGGAGCGGGGCUGCCUGUCCUUCAGCAGCUGCCCGAAUGCCCUGAGUGAGGAGCAGCAGGGAGCAGCAGCACGGGAGUCAGGUUCAGACAGACAGACACGUGGGCCACGGUGUUCCUGCGCCAGCUGCAACUGCUGUAGCAAAGCUGAACAUCGACUCUCCCAGAGCACGUGGCCACUCUGGGCCCUGAGUUCUGGGAUGUGGCCUGGCGGGACCUGGCAGAGGUCCCAAGAGAUAGACGUGAGAUCCAUGGUGCUCCUGCCUGAACUGCAACCGCAGCAGCAGAGCUGUGCACGAUCUGCAGCAGCUGGUGCUAUCGGUGCUGCCGGAGCACGUGGCUACUCCAGGUCCCGAGAGAUAGACGUGAUGGCCAUGGAGGUGGCUUGCAGGGACCUGGCAGAGGUAGCGGAGCGGGGCUGCCUGUCCUUCUGCAGCUGCCCGAAUGCCGUGAGCGAGGAGCAGCAGGGUGCAGCAGCCCUGGAGUCAGGUGCUGAGAGACCGACGUCUGGGCCAUCUUGCUCCUGCUCCAGCUGCAACAGUACCCACAGACAGACGUGUGGGACAAGGUGCUGCUGCCUCAGCUGCAACCGCCUCUUCAAAGCUGUACCAGAGCUGCAGCAGCUGCUGCUGUCGGGGCUGCCUGAGCACGUGGCCAAUCUGGGCCCUGAGUUCCGGGAGGCAGCCUGGAGGGACCUGGCAGAGGUAGUGGGGCAGGGCAUGCUGUCCUGCUGCUGCUCCCCCAGCGCCAGGAGAGGCGAGGAGCAGCAUCACCAGAGUCCCGAGAGACAGAGGGACCUGGAGGAGCUGGUGCAGCAGGGCAGCCUGUCCUGCUGCAGCUCUGCCAAUGACCAGAGCGAGGAGCAGCGUGGAGCAUCAGCUUGCGAGUCAAGUGCUGAGGGACAGACACGUGGGCCACGGUGCUCCUGCUCCAGCUGCAACCGCUGCAGCAAAGCUGAGCAGGAGCUGCAGCAGCUGGUGUUGCCGGCUCUCCCAGAGCACGUGGCCACUCUGGGCCCUGAGUUCUGGGAUGCGGCCUGGCGGGACCUGGAAAAGCUGGUGGAGCAAGGAAGCCUAUCCUGCUGCAGCUCCCCCAGCUCCUCCACACAGCUGGGGACAGUUGUACGUGAGAGCAUCAUGCAGACAGGUGCCGCUGUACAUUGGUGGGAGCAGAAGGAACAGCAGCCUGUUGGAUUGUCCAAGCGUCCACAAGAAGUACCCCACAUGCAAAAGACAGUAAGACCAGCAGCAGCAGCACCUUCACGCCUGGCUACGGAAGAUGACUGCUGCAGUGCAGCCAGCCAGCGUCUGAGCUGUGCCGUCUGUGGCAGGAGACGUGCAGAGCAGGCAGGCAGGCAGAGCGUGAAUGGCUGGCACUCGUGGCAGCGGGUGGCCCCCACAGCCCCCAGGACAAAUCGUCAGGGCUCCAAGCCAGGCAGGGGAGCCGCAGAGCAGCCCCCGCAGACCUGCACCUGCACCUGCAUGCGUCCACCUGCGCAUGAGGGACUUCAUCAACCAAAGCAGGGACAACGUUGCUGGGACAACAAGGCCCAGGAGCCUUCUGCAUUGCCUGUGUCCUGCCGAAUGCAUUGUGAGUGCUGUAAGACAGCGGGAUCCAAGAGGGAUGCACAGAAGCCAGAGCAGCACAGCAUAAGAAAUACGAACCGGCACGUGCAGUCGCCCCCCAGGCAUGCUGAGGAAGAGAUGUGGGGCUCCAAAGCAGACAGAGGUGCCCAAAGGCAGCCUCACGGGAUCUGCUCCUGCUUGCUGCCACCAGCGCGUGGGACAACGGUGCGUAGCAUUGCCUAUGGCUCCAUUGAGUGGCUAUGUUGGCGGUAGGAGGUGGCCCCGCAGGUUCCCGCAUGGCUCUUGGCCACCCCGGCACGUCCCAAGUCCCAGCCUGAAUACAGGGCAGCAGCACAGGCAGCACAAACAGCUUCAGUGCUGCCCGUGGAGGACAACGGCUGCCACGCCAACGUCACCGCUGUGGGAAGUGCAGAGAGCCAACCCGGCCCGAUGCCACCUCCUUCCGCGAGCGCACAUCGAGGAAGCAGAGGGGCCGUGGGUGCCCACGGCUUUUGUCAUCAGCAUCCACUUGGCUGUGGGAGGGCCCAGCGUGGAAGGACGUAACGGAGCACCGGGGAACAGCCAGCUCGCAGCUACAGUCCCAUUAAAUCCUCUUUCUAUCCA